UAUGAGUGUACUGAAUGUGGAAAGUCCUUCAGUGAAAGAGGUACACUCAUUAAACACCAGAGAGUUCACGCUGGAGAGAAGCCAUAUGAGUGUACUGAAUGUGGAAAGUCUUUUAGCCAAAAAUCUAACCUUAUUAGACAUCUCAAAGUUCACACUGGAGAGAAGCCAUAUGAAUGUACUGAAUGUGGAAAAUUCUUCAGUGAAAGAAGUACACUCAUUAAACACCAGAGUGUUCACACUGGAGAGAAGCCAUAUGCGUGUACUGAAUGUUGGAAGGCUUUUCGCAAAAAAUCUGAGCUUAUUAAUCAUCUGAGAGUUCACACUGGAGAGAAGCCAUAUGAGUGUACUGAGUGUGGGAAGUCUUUUUGUGAAAAAUCUAAGCUUAUUAAACAUCUGAGAGUUCACAGUGUAGAGAACCCACAUGAGUGUACUGAAUGUGGGAAGUCUUUUAGCCAAAAAUCUAACCUUAUUAGACAUCUCAGAGUUCACACUGGAGAGAAGCCAUAUGAGUGUACUGAAUGUGGAAAGUUCUUCAGUGAAAGAAGUACACUCAUUAAACACCAGAGAGUUCACACUGGAGAGAAGCCAUAUGAGUGUACUGAAUGUGCAGAGUUCUUCAGUGAAAGAAGUACACUCAUUAAACACCAGAGAGUUCACACUGGAGAGAAGCCAUAUGAAUGUACUGAAUGUGGGAAAUCCUUCCGUGUGAGGAGCACACUCAUUAAACACCAGAGAGUCCACACCGGAGAGAAGUCGUAUGAGUGUACUGAGUGUGGGAAGUCUCUUAGCCAAAAAUCUAACCUUAUUAGCCACCUGAGAGUUCACACUGGAGAGAAGCCAUAUCAGUGUACCUAAUGUGAGAAGUCCUUCAGUGAAAGAAUUAAACUCAUUAAAUAGCAGAGAGUUCACACUGGAAAGAAGCCAUAUGAGUGUACUGAAUGUGGGAAGUGUUUUUGAGAAAAAUCUAGUCUUAUUAAACAUCUGAGAGGUCACAGUGGAGAGAAGUGUUAAAUGUGCAGAGAAUGUUUUAUUUUAUUCACUUUAAUAAUAACACUGACGGCCACUAUUUGGGACCUAUUUUCCGGAAUUUAAACCCUUUUAAUGGGACAUACACUGUACUAGAUUCCGCAUAAGUUUCCAAUACAACUGAGGCUUGAAGAAGUGCAUUGCACUUGGUAACAUGCACAGAUCUUCUACCCGAUUGAUUUGUGGCUGAAGAGAUUUCCCCUCUACCACCUGGCUCACCUGAAGACUGUGUAUCAGUCCCAACCCCUGUGUGCUCAGGGGAAAUGUAUUCUGUGUUCUCUCUUGUGCUUGAGAACAUGAUGAUUAUUCCAGCUCCUGACAGGAUCUUCAUUCCUUUAUCUCUGUGGAGGUAAUGCACCUGACCCAGGGUUCAUCCAGGGCACCCGUCCUCAACUAAGAAGUGCUGCCUCUUUCAGGGACAUGUGCUUCUCACAUUAUGCUGUGAUGAAUUGUUCCAGGUUCUGAUUCACCAACCUGCGAACCACUUGCUGUCCUCUGUCUGGUUUAUGAUCUUUUAUUAAAGGUGUUUUUCUUUUGUACUUUUAAUUAUUUUGGUUAUAUUCAAUUCCAGGGAUGAUUGUCAAGCACAAUUAUGAUCUAUCAUCAUAGAGUUAACAGAUAUUGUGUGGUUCCCAACCUUUCUUGCUUUAGGAGGGACAGCAUCAUGCCAGGAAAUCACUCUUUGACCAAUUGGCUUAUAGUGCAUUGCUGCCCAUGGCCUUGAAAUAAAGACUGCAUGACUUUGUGGUUCUAA